AUGUGCAAAAUCCUCCCUCUUUUCGUCCUGGCUGUGGUGUUGUCCUGUUGUCAUGGUCUUCCCGUGGAACGCGAGGAACGCGAGCCAGUGGCCAUCCUAGAGAUCGAGACCAACAAGAAGAACGAUGGUGCCUAUGACACCAAAUACACGAGUGCAGAUGGAACCUCUCGCAAGGAGGAGGCAACGGUGGUGGACAGAGGCACCGAAGAGGAGGCUUUGGAGGUGAAGGGAUCCUACAAGUACAUCAACGACCUGGGCGAGGAGGUGGAGGUCUUCUACACGGCGGGAAAGAAUGGCUUCGUUCCCUACGGCACCAGUAUCAACCCGGAAAUCACAGCUGUCGCUGAGGCAGCCAAGGAUCUGCCCAAGCCAGAGAAGGUGGACAAGAAUUAA